GUAAGGCUUGUCAGUUGAGGAAGUGAAAUGACUAGCUCAACGAUAUUCAUAAACAAUCGCGGGGAGCCGACGAGAACAGCACAUUUAGCAGAAAGGUUGCUCUUCAGAUGAGAGGGGCUUACCUGCUUGAGCCUGCUUGUCUCCUUCAGUUGCUAUGGCAACACUAUAUUUCCCCACAUUUCUUCUCCUCAUUUUCAUGUCUUCCUUCUCCCUUUUACUUUUGACCCUGCUGCCCUCGGUUGCCCCAUCACUUCCCUUUUCGUCACCUCCUUCUUCCUCACCUUGGUCGUCGCCCUCCUGCGGUCAGGCUCAGGCCUGGGCCGUCCGCCUCCACGCCGGACCACAUCACGAGGAAGAAGAUGCUGACCAGAACUCUGUGCACUUGGAUGUUAUAGCCAACAGGGUAGCGGAGCAGGCAGGGCUGCAGAACCAGGGCCAGAUCGGACAGCUGGAAGGCCACUACCUGCUGUGUUCUGACAAGCCUGGACCUGAAUCCGUGGCCGAUAUUUGGAGUAAGAGUGUGCACCCCAGAGACGUCCUCGCAGCUCACCCGCAUGUCGUGUGGUUCUCCAAGGAGAGAGUGCUCAGCCGCUCCAAGAGAUCUGUGGCCUUCAACGAUCCGAACUACCCUAAACAGUGGCACCUGCACAACAACAAAAAUAAGGGUUUGGACAUCAACGUAACAGGAGUGUGGGAGCGCAACAUCACCGGCCAGGGAGUCACGGUGGUGGUGGUCGAUGACGGGGUGCAGCACGACCACCAGGACAUCCAGCCCAACUACAGUGCAGAGGGCAGUUACGACCUGAACUCCAAUGACCCCGAUCCCAUGCCUCACCCGGACAUCCACAGCGACAACCACCACGGGACGCGAUGUGCAGGAGAGAUCGCAGCCGUCCCCAACAACAGCUUCUGUGCCGUUGGGGUGGCUUACGGCAGCAAGGUGGCAGGUAUCAGAGUCCUGGAUGGUCCGUUGACUGACAGCCUGGAGGCUGUAGCCUUUAACAAGCACUACCAGGUCAACGACAUCUACAGCUGCAGUUGGGGUCCAGAUGAUGACGGACACACUGUGGAUGGACCCCAUCCCCUGGGCAAGGCAGCGCUGCAACAUGGAGUGAUCGCAGGCAGAAAAGGCUUUGGGAGUAUCUUUGUGGUUGCCAGCGGCAACGGGGGUCAAUACAACGACAACUGCAACUACGACGGCUACGCCAACUCCAUCUACACCAUCACAGUUGGAGCAGUCGAUGAGAAUGGGAGGAUGCCCUUCUACGCUGAGGAGUGUGCGUCCAUGCUGGCUGUCACUUUCAGCAGCGGAGGGAACAAGCUGAGGAGCAUUGUGACGUCAGACUGGUCCUUGCAGCACGGGACAGGCUGUACAGACAAGCACACAGGCACAUCUGCCGCCGCACCCCUGGCGGCGGGAAUGGUGGCUCUAAUGCUGCAGGUCCGGCCCUGCCUCAGCUGGAGAGACGUGCAGCACAUAAUCGCCUUCACCGCCACCAAGUGUGACAGCAGUGCAGACUGGCGGGUAAACGGGGCUGGAUUUAACCAUAGCCCGCAGCACGGCUUUGGUCUGCUCAAUGCGUGGAGACUCGUCAAUGCUGCCAAGGUUUGGGAGUCUGUGCCGUUCCUGGUGUCCUAUCAGAGCUCAGUGAUAAAGGAGGAAGCAGCCAUCCCGACAUAUCCUGACCAGCUGAUCCGUACCUGGAAAGUCUCGUCUGCCGAUCUGAAACAUUCCGGGAUGGAGACGCUGGAGCAUGUCGCUGUUACCGUGACAAUAAACCACCCUUGUCGUGGAAACGUGGAAGUCGUGUUAGUUUGCCCCAGUGGAAUGACUUCAGUCAUCGGGGCACGCCGUGCCAUUGACAGAGACCCUGCAGGCUACCAGGACUGGACUUUCUCCACUGUGCGCUGCUGGGGAGAGAGAGCUGAAGGCCUGUACACGCUCAAGAUAUCAGACCACAAAGAGCCGACGUCUCUGCAGUGUGCCGCCGCGGGAGUGUUGAAGCAGUGGGCGUUGACCCUGUAUGGUUCUUCGAUGACCUUCAGCGAGGUCAAGGACAGACAGAUGCUGGUGGAGGAAGCAAUGAGUGGCAAGUAUCUGGACAGCAGCUUCUCUCUGCCCUGCCCACCAGGCCUGGAUAUCCCUCCAGAGAUAGUCAGCCCAUUCACCUCCAACAGCCUCAAGUUCCUGCUGUUAUUGGGCUGCUUUGCUCUCUUCUGGUCUCUCUACUACACAGUGGAGGUCAUAUUGGCCCACCUGUACUUCCGAGGCAUUUUCUGCCCGAGCAGGAGGCGGGGCGCUCCCCGGAACAAGCGGGGACACAGAGGGAGAGGAGUGGAGGAGGCCAUAGUCGAGGAGGGUAGCCAGGAGGAAGACGGGGACUCCGGGGUGGAGUUGCAAGCGGUGCUGGACUCCGAGGCUGUGUCUCUUUUAAAUGGAGAGCGGCCUGCAACAUAGCACUGAGCCAGAUUGUUGUGCUGUUGUUGCAUCUCAGGCUUGAACCCACUACUCCCCAUCCACCCAGCCUACUUAUACUGCCUCUGGCCCCAGUCUACCUUACCUGAUGUGGUGGAGGGGUCACAGUCUGGUCUGCAGACUACUUUGACUGUGGAGUUGGGUAUUUAUCCUUGUCUGCAUUCUCCAAAAAUGUGGCCUUGUUUGAAAAUUUAUUUUUCUGCUAUGACAGUAAUCGCAGGACUGCGUGCAUGCUUUCACACUCCCAUCCCUCUUACUUUAGUUUUUAUAAGGAGAGAAGUGAUGAGGGAAUCCUCCAAAGUGAAGACACUUAUCAGACCUUUAGCUUAAAGGCAGGGUUGGUCAUUUUCGAACACUAGCAUGAUUUUGAAAGUAGCAUUCCCUCAGUGCUCCGUCUGCACC